UGCAUCAAGAUCCCACCUUUAUAAACCAAACCCCAUGCUUCUUGGCUUUUCACACUCCCAAAUCCCAACCCACAUUCAUUAAUCAAUCAUGUCUGCAGCCAGUACUGCCAACGACAAGCUCAAGGUCGUCUACAUAAGCACCCGUUACGUCGAAACUGAUCCCUUGAGCUUUAAGUCGGUCGUUCAGAGCCUCACGGGCAAGAAAUCUUCCGUUGAUUCAUGGGAGGAGAAGAAUUCCACACACUCCUCCGACCACAGCGGCGCACCGGAGAAGAGAAACAAAUCUGUAAUCGGCGGCAACGGGAGUACUAGCGGCGGCGGCGGCGGCGGCGGAGGAGCUAUGUUAGAGACGCCGGGAGAGUUUUCAUGUGGAGAUUUUAGUAGAGCUUUGUUGGAGAUUCCUCACUCUGAGGAACUCAACUCCGUUUAUGGAGAUUUGUUGUUUAACUCUCAACAACAAACCUGGCUUACAACAAACUUGUAAAUUGUUUUAAUAAUAAUAAUAAUAUCUUCUAUAAAUUA